AUAGGAUUUAAAAUCUCAAUAAGUAGCUCUAGUAUUAUAAUAGUGAAGGAAGCCACCCCAAGUCAGCAACAAUCCCGAUCCACGGCGAGUCACCCAACCCCGCAUUAGCGCCUUGAUGGACGGGGGACUUUUCCCUGUCAACAAUGUGAAGACUUGUACUGUCCACUAUAAAAAGGACUGAAGGGCGUAGUAAAAGAAUGUCCAUGCCAUCCCUGCCUUCAAGGAUUCCGGACGUACCCAGACCUAUCGUAGGUAUCGUAGCGAACCUGACUCAAAAGCCAUGGUGUUGCGACAAGCAUCGCCCCCGCCAGCAGCUCCGCCACUCUGAUGACUCUCUCUCUGCUGCGGCCCUCGAAUAAUAAGUCGCCCUUCUCUCCCCCUCCGACUUAGCCUGAACUUCAAAACCUAUAUCACGACCCUGGGCACAAAUCAUACACAUCUCGCCCCGCACAAUGGACGCACGCAAGUCCAAUCGCAACGAUGUCGCCAGCGAGAGCACAUGCUGGCAAGAAGCCUCCGCCAGGCUGCGCACGGAGCAUCCCCAGCUCUACGCCCAAUUCGAAGGGAUAUCCGGCGCAGAUCUGUCCGGCCAGAUCGUGCAGUCGAUCACGGAAAGCCAAACGCACAUGUUGAAUGGAGAUCCACCUUCCCCGUGGAAGCACCGCGAUGCACGCGAGAAAGCCAAAGUACGACGGGCCAUGGACACGAUCCUCCGAGCCGUGACGGUGUUCAGGGAUGUGGGCAGCGCGGUCGCGAAUCUCGACCCGUCCCAUGUCGGGAUCGCUUGGGCGGGCGUCAAUCUGAUCUUGCAGCUCGUGUUGAGUGGCGCCGAGCAGAACGCUGCCGCCCUGCAGGGGCUCGCGCACAUCUCUCCCAUGAUCACGAGAUAUGCAAAAGUGGAGGAGAUGUACAUGGAGCAACGUCAAAGGCACGAAGCGAUAGAUCUCAGCAAAGACUUCAGGGCGCAGGUCGUCAAACUCUACGUCGGUAUAUUGGUAUAUCAGGGGACAAUCAUCGCGCACAGCAAGCGGCACCGCAUUGUCCAGUAUGCGAGGGCAGUUCCAAAAGUUGAUGACUGGAGCACAUUAUUGCAAGAUAUCAUGGACGCGGAGGCAGAGUGUAGGAAGUUUACUCGCAUUUUCGAUUCGGAAGAACACAGAGUCCGGCACUGGGAGCUCAAGGACAUCUUGGACCAACAGGACCAGCAAAUGGAAACAUUGUCUCGUCAGAUCGGCGAUAUACACGUGCAAAGUGACGCACUAUUCGGCCAUGCUGAUUGGCAUGAGAAUACGGAAAUUCUUGAAUGGGUCUCAACUACCUUGCCCGGCGACGAUCAUACCCGGAUUCUGGAGCAUGGAAAGCUGGACAGCGACUACGCCAAUUCAGGAGAAUGGCUCUUUUCCCGACCGGAGUUUCAGUCGUGGAGUAGAGCCGACGACGACAGCCAGCCAGUACUCUGGCUGCCUGGACCAGUUGGCACAGGCAAGAGUUCCUUGAUGUGCCUUGUUAUUGAACAAUGUCGGAAACGAUUCCUACCCGUUGGCAAAGAAGCUCAUCGACUCGCAUUCUAUUACUUUUCGAGAAAGCAGGGGACAGAGGAAGCAAACAGUCCGAAGACUCUGCUCCGAAGCCUUCUGCGUCAAUUAGCUUGGUCACCAAUCAAUCUCUCGAUUGCACCCGUCGUCAAAGAGAAAUACCGACAAUGGCAGCAAAGUCAGGGCUACGGGGGCCGUGGGCUGCUGACAGAUGACUGUAUCAAGCUGAUAACUCAGCUCAUCUCGUCCCAGGAUCAUACAAAGAUCAUCAUCGAUGCUUUGGAUGAAUGCUCCGACUAUGAUGAGCUCCUGUCUAAUCUAGAAGAGAUAAUGUCUGCAAGCCAGGGUAAAGUCAAGUUUCUACUUUCGAGUCGGAUGAAUGUUCCCGUGCAGCAGACCUUUGUAGAGUGUGCCCGGGUGGAUGUCGGUCGCGACAGUAAAGAAGACAUCGAUUACUUCAUCAAAACCAAGAUCCAGCAGAACCAACGACGUCUGCGUCAAUGCAAAGCGGUGCAUCUUGAGGACCGAAUGAUCAGAACACUGAGUGGCCGCGCUCAAGGAAUGUUUCGAUGGGUCGAACUGCAACUGGAUAUAUUCUUCAGUUCCAAGUCUAUUAUCCGGCGCCGGGACGUCUUUGAAAGAAAGCUUGACCGGCUUGAGAUGGAAUCUGGAAUGCCAGAGUUGGAGGAAGUGUACGACGAAAUUUAUGAAAUGAACGCGCCGGGACUCGAGGACCGCAUGGUUGCGGAGCGAGCACUGAAAUGGAUCAUGUGUUGCCGCAGACCGUUGAGCAUCGAGGUCCUCGUGAAAGCGGCGUCUCUCGACUCGGAGGGGGACGUGGACGAGGCAGUGGAUGCCGACUACAUGUUGGCCAUCUGCAGUAACUUCAUCAUCAUCGAUCAUAACCAGACGGUCCAGUUCGCGCAUCUCUCGGUUCGGGAAUAUCUGAUGAGCAGCGCAAGGCAUGCCUAUACUACCGCUGAUGCGAAUGCCCAGGUAGCAAUGACCUCCCUCCAAUAUCUGCUUAGUGAAGGCUCUCAGAGUGAUGCAGAUGCAGGUAAAAGAGACGCAUUGCUCGAGUACACAGCGUUGUACUGGCCAGUCCAUUGUGCGCACGCAUUGGUGGAGGCUGAGAGAGAAGACCCACUUCAGCAGCUCAUUUUCAAGUUCCUAGCGCCUGAAGAGCCAAGCAGCGGCUUCGCCCUGUGCUCAAGAAUUUGGGCAGCUGCUCUAGAUGAUUUCGAUGCUCGGGAGGAGUUUUACCAUCCAAUUAAAGCCAGCCUCAGUCCAACGAACUCCCCAGUGUUCGCAGCAUGUGCCUGGGGCUUCGCUAUGGUGGUCAAGGCGGCGUUGAGUGGUGGCUUUGAUCUGAACGAGCGUAAUUGCGAAGGCGAUACGGUCCUGGCGGUGGCAGCCAGCGUCAGCAAUCCUGAAAUAGUGAAGUUGCUCUUGCACGGCGGGGCAGACGCUAAUGCAGUUGGAAGUAUAUGGGGCUAUACGCCUUUACACUACGGGUCUCGCCCCUGGUAUAACAGAUCAUCCGAUGGAUCGUCGCUCGAGGUUGUAAAACUUCUGAUCCACCACGGGGCCGAUGCUUCCAAGGCCAUACAAGGGCCCGAGCAAAACCGGUGCACGCCUUUACAUCUAGCGGACCACGACGAUAUAAUUCGUAUCUUGCUGGCCCAAGGAGCUAAGGCCAAUGCACAAGACGCGGAGGGCUCGACUGCUCUGCACUGGGUGGCUAGAUUUGGAAGUACCGCAACCGCACGGUUGCUUCUCGAACAUGGAGCAGCGCCCGGUCUAGAAAACCACAAUGGCCUAACCGCUUUACAUGUAGCAGCAACGCAUGGGAACGAGAAGAUGGUAACAUUCCUUACCACGUACCUAGGUCCAGAGUCUGAUGCAGAGAAGUGGACGCGGCAAGCACGAUUUCACAAUGCGGUUGACAAGGGGGAUGAGGCUCUUGUUCGGCGGCUGGUGGAGGAAGAAGAAGGCAUCGACUUGCGGAUGAAAAAUUCCUGGGGGGAAUCCCCACUCCACUGCGCGAUCAACGGCGGGCAUCUGCGGGUGGCGUCGCUCCUUCUCCAGAAGGGAGCCGAUAUCGAUGCCAAAGAUAAAUUCGGCGACACUGCGCUAUUGAUUGCGUGCGCACAGAGAGGUGAGCAAAGGGUGGAAUUCUUGUUGGACCACGGCGCAGACAUCGAUCUUAAGAAUGACACACUGUCCAAUGAACCCACGGCACUCUCGAUUGCCACGGCCCUGGGGGAGCCGCAGCUGGUGGAGAUGCUGCUACGUCGAGGAGCGGACCCACAAAGCGUGGACAUGAACUCGCUGCAGCGAGAGCGAUAUGUUUCGCCUGAGCAGUUUGAGAAGGCGUUGGACGUGUUGCGUUCGUACUUGCCUGGUUAAAGAGGUUUUCCCCCAGAGAUAUCCUACGUCAGAUUACACCAUUCUGAGCUUCAUACAACAGGGAGGUCUGUUUUUCAGGCUGUGGUGGUGGUGGUUUUCUGUUUUCUUUUUCCCAGUUGAUUUAAUUCACUGUGGUCGUUUUGAUAUACACCCUU